GGACACUCAUAGAUGUGGGACGGGGAAAAGAUGGCGGCGGCCUUGGUACAAAUGUCAUGUUUGUAUCGUGGGAUGUUGGCGGUCAGGGCCACAGGCAUCCGGCCGCUGAUUCCAGGACUCGUGCCAUCUCAGUUCAGGGCGUUUUCGAUGAAGAAAGAACCGGAGCUGGAGGAAAAUCCGUAUUAUAGUAAAUAUGAAGAGAAGAUCAGGAAACUGCGGAGUUCAAAACCUCAAGAAUAUAAAGCCCGAGUGGAGAAGCGCGGGGAGGUGAAGACAGAGCCUCUAGGACAGUCAAGACAAGCAGAAUUCGUCAAGUACAUGGAGAAAGAGCUGGACAAAAGUGGUAAAGCAGGAGCUGGGGGCUUCACCAAAGAUAAGACAUUAGGAUCUAUUCUCAACCUUGAUAUGAUUCAGGAGAAAUCUGGAUCUGAAAUUGCAGAGCUGUGGAUGCAGUACUUCUCAAAGAAAGACACGAUCAGUGCCAUCAUACCAGGCUCAACAUUUGACAUUAUUUUUGGUCGUGCCAAAUCUUGCCCGAUGUUUCUGUACGCUCUGCCUCAGAAGGAGGGCUAUGAGUUUUUUGUCGGCCAGUGGGCUGGUCAUGAACUGCACUUCACAUCUUUAAUCAAUGUUCAGACAAUGGGAGAAAAUGCACCCAGCCAGCUUAUUUUAUACCACUAUACAGACCUGCAGAAGGACAAAGGCAUUGUGCUGAUGACCGCUGAGAUGGAUAGCAAAUUUGUGACUGUCCACCAGGCGCAGUGCUUGGCCAAUCAAGUGCAGCUAUUUUAUGGAUCUCAGCGGCUUGAAACUUUCCGAUUGGUCGAGACCUUCAACCACCAACCGACAGAGUUUAAACACAUGGCUGUGAUUGCAGAACUCGAACAAAGUGAUAUCGGACCAGCAGUCACUACAAAAUAAUCCAAAGGCAAUAAAUACGGUGUUGCUUGAUGUGGACGGAUGCCUUGAGAAAGCAGCGCUCUGUAACUUUGUAUGGAGGCCUGUGAGAGUCUCUGCCACCAGAAGAGAAGAUCUUGUGUUACCUUUCAAUAGAUAUGUGUUAAAUAAUCUCACAGUAGAUAUUACAUAUGAAAAAAAAAUGCAUACGUCUAUAAGUGACUAUCUGCUACCAUGUAUGCAGAUUCAGUUCUCAUUUGACUCCCAGGAAAUGUCCUCAUAAGCAUUUGGCAUGAAAUACUGUACUAGUGUGAUGAUAAUUAUUUGCUUUAAAAUGCAAAAAGAAAGAUUUUUAUCAGGAUAAAAAUGACAUGUUCACACAAAAAUAAGUCAUCCACUUAAUGCAUAAAUGGUGCACUUAAUUCUUUUUUAUGUAUAGUAUUACUUCAAAUUAUCAAACUUAAAUUACAAUUAAGUUGUUCAAGCCUGUUUACCAGAAAAUACAGAUAUGCACACCUGUAGCCUGGUAAAUGAGAUUUAUAAAUAGACCAUCUGUAAUGCCCUGAGGACCCAAGUAGCAUAAUGUUUUGGGAUGCUAUUCAUAAUAAACCCUUGCAUUUUUGGCCGUA